CCGAAGGGAGUCCAGGCGGCCCUUCCUUCGCUGUGUUCCCAGUGCGGGUCAGCGGCUGACCUGAGCUUUUCAGGCAGGAAUUUGGGAACGCUGCAAGGAAACCUCGGAGGGAGGCACGCGGCAACUCCUGCAGCCCCACGUAACCAGCCGAGCAGAGUCGGCUCAGAGUCCCGCGGCGUCGCCUCCCCCGACCGGAGUGAGAAACUGGCCAAGGGCCGCGGCAGCCAUUAAAUUCUUCCUGCGUUGUUGUGUGUAGAGACGGGACUGCGGCUGUCCAACACCCAAGGCGAACGAGAGAGCUGUUAACAAAAUGUUGACCCAGGAAAUCAAGACGACCUUUAAACAGGAAGAAGAGGAGAAGGUACAGCAGGAGGGGCCCCCCUUGAAGGACUUUAGAGAAGUGCAGGACACACCUGAGGAACGUGUGGUGCAGAAGAAACACAACUGUUCCAUCUGCGGAAAGAAUUUUUGCCGCCGCUCAGAUCUUGUCCGACACCAGAAACUCCACUCGGGAGACAGGCCCUUCACCUGCACCAAGUGUGGGAAAGGAUUUGUCCAGAGCACCCACCUCAUUGCCCAUCAGAAGAGCCACACCCGAGAAAAGCCCUACUAUUGCCCUCACUGUGGCAGGAGCUUCAAUCAGAUCUUGAACUUCAACAGGCACCAGAGGACUCACUCCCAGGAGCCCCCUUUCAAAUGUUCCGACUGCGGGAAAACCUUCAGCCGCAGCUCCAACCUGAUCAUGCACCAGAGGACGCACACGGGAGAGCGACCCUACAAAUGCUUUGACUGCGGGAACAGCUUCAGUCGGAGUUCCACCUUGGUGACUCACCAGAGGACCCACACCGGCGAGAAACCUUUUAAGUGCCAAGACUGUUGGAAGAGCUUCGGCAGGCGCUCCACCCUGGUCAUGCACCUGCGGACUCACACCGGGGAAAAGCCCUACAAGUGCUCUGACUGCCCUGAAACCUUCAGCGUGAAGUCUGGCCUUCUGAGUCACCAGAGAAUCCAUAUGACCGAGAAGCCCUACCUGUGCCUGGAGUGCGGCAAAAACUUCUGCCGCAGUGCGGACCUCAUUAUACACCAGAGAAUUCACACUGGAGAGAAACCCUAUCAGUGCAACGCCUGUGGCAAGAAAUUUAAUACGAAUUCCCACCUGGUGACGCAUCAGAGGAUCCACACGGGAGAAAAACCCUACAAAUGCCCCGAUUGUGGGAAGAGCUUUUCUUAUAGUUCAGUCCUGGUGGGUCAUCAGAGACUGCACACAGGAGAGAAACCUUACGCGUGUCUUGAGUGUGGGAAGACUUUCCGUAACAAUUCACAUCUCAUCACUCAUCACAGAGUCCACUCAGGAGAGAAGCCUUACACGUGCCCAGAGUGUGGUAGAAAUUUUAGUGUAAGUUCAAAUCUUACAAAGCAUCGGAAAAUCCAUGAACGAGAGACAUCCUUGAAAUAUUCUGAGUAGGAAACGCCAGUGGAUGGAAUUCUGAUUAACUACCCAAGAUGCUUAAAAAGAAGAUAAAAAAAUAUAUGGCUUAUUCGGGAAAUUUUGCUAGAAAGUCCAAAUGUUUGCAGUAAGGUAAAGGUAAAGAUCCCCCCGCACAUGCGUGCUAGUUGUUCCCGACUCUAGGGGGCAGUGCUCAUC